AGGGGGUGGAAAAAAAGAUUAAGAGCCAGAGAAGCAAUCUUCACACACAGACCCGGCCGCACCCAGAAGACGGUCGCAUCCAGAAAGGUGUCCUGUGUCCUGACCCCACAAGAUGCCCAGUGAAGGGGCUCACUUCGUCUAUGGGUACCCCAGGAGGGGCCGUGGCCACUCCUACAUCACAGCUGAAGAGGCCGUGGGGAUUGGAUUCCUGACGGUGAUCCUGGGAAUUUUACUGCUCAUCGGCUGCUGGUAUUGCAGAAGACGAAGUGGAUACAGAAGCUUGAAGGACAAAAGCUUUUAUGCUGGGACUCAAAGUACUUUAAUAGGAAGGUGUCCACUUGAGGGGCUUGGUCACCUGGGCAGCAAACUUCCUUUUCAAGAGAACAAUUGUGAACCUGUGGUUCCCAAUGCUCCACCUGCCUAUGAGAAACUCUCUGCAGAACCGUCACCACCACCUUAUUCGCCAUGAGAACCAGCAAGGCCCCGGAGAGAUGCUGAAAUGAUUUCCCUCACACUUUUGCUUAAAUUUAACAUGGUCAUUUAAUGUUCUGCUUCAGAAUGCUGUGGAAACAGUGUACAUCAUUUCUAAUAAUAAGCUUAUGUUAAAUUCUUAGUAGGGCAACUAGCAAUACUAAUUGAGGAAAUGAUGAAAAAUAUUAAAAUGGGAAAACUUUGUCAAUAAAUAUUGUAAUGCAUUAUACUAUGUGCCAGCAGUAAUGCUAGUAAACCUAGUGUUAUUUUCUGAGGGAUAGGAUUCAAGUAUGUGUUCUGGGACCAAUCAAAUUUUUUUUUAGUUGAAAUUUGGCUAAUAACUAACAAACUACUAUUCUGAUAUUUGAAGAAGAAACCUCUUGACCAAAUUGAACUCGAACAGAAUUGUUAUAGGUGCGUUUGUGCUAUGGAAUCCUCACAAAGGAUACCUUCCCAGGUUUAAGACCAAGAGCUGAAUGACCUACCAGAUUAUAUGGUCAGAUUCAUCUGAUCAGGAACGGGUCAAUAGCGUCCCUUUAGCGUUCUAAAAUUCCACCGUGCUACAAUAAUAUACUACAGAGAUCCUGUAUCUUAAUACAUAUAAUGCAGUUCCAAUUACAUUUCACUUCAGGGCUCAAUGCUAUCUAAUUAAUCACAAGAAUUUUUUGUUAAACAAGAAGGUGGUGUCAGAAUUUAAAUAAGUAAAAGCUACUAUAGUUUGAUGUCUUGCCUUAAAUGUCCCAAUGACAAUUUAGUUCUUUUGGACUCCCAAAUCCCUCUCAAAAGAAUAUAUAGAAGAAAUGAUGAAUAAUCAGAUUCUGGAAUAGUUAUUUGCAUAGCGACAGUAUAAUUUAUUUUGUUGACAUCUACAUAUCACUAAUACUACUAUUUAUCUAAUUUUUUCUUUCAGUCAGCUCAUUUAAAAAUUUUUUUGGCUUAAAUUUAUAUCCCCACCCUAAAUGGAAAAUCAGUAUCAUUUUCUAUAAGUAGAGGAUGAGUAUAAAAAUGAAAAUAAUGAAAACAAAUAUUUUUAUUAAAACCCAGGAAGAUACUGAUGAACGCAGAUGACUAUCAACUUGAGAGCUGCUCUCUUUGUUAAAGAGGGAGAUUAGCAAGAAUCAGAGAAAAGCUUUUAACGUAAUUAAAAGGCUUGCAAGGGAACGAAAUGACUUUCUCACUAUGUGACUCAGUGUUAUCUAAUGGUGAGUCAGUAAACCACCUAAAAUCAUCUUAUGUCAUUGGAAACACCAGUGUAGCAUAGCUGCAUCAUUUUCUACAAAAGAUUGUACUGCAGAGAAAAAACACUAAGAGACUUUUUACACACACUGAAAAAAGUGUAAUUCAAGAAAAUACUAAAAUACCCCCUGCCCUUUCUGAUACUGUCUAGUCUUUUCACUUAAAAUAAGCCCUGCCCCUCCUAUUUCGAACAAAUAAAUGAAUUCUAAACAAAGUAAACUCCAUCAGGCAUUUGGCCAGCUUCUCUCAUCGCAAGGCCUAGUCUGAGCUUUAAUCCUCCACAUUAUAAAAUAACCUGUGGCUUGACCCCUGGACUCGUCGAAGGUCCCCAGACCACCAUCUGCUGAGUUCUCUCCUUUCCCUCUGGACACAGGAGUACUCUACUGCUGCCUGUCCCACCAUAAGGCCCUGACAUGCUCGUGGGCAGAGAAUGGGUAAUGGCAUGGCACUGCUGUAAUCUCCUAGGUUUCCUGAAGGAUCAGGUUAGGACUAGAGUGGUCAGAGCUCACGGCUGGUCUCCUCCAGCUGCAAUCAUUGUUUUCUACUUGCCCAAAUGCACUGGACAAAUAAUAUCACCUUCUAUUGUGCAGUGAGCAAAGUUAGUGAACUGUUUUAUAACACCUGGUCUUCCUUCCUCUUCCUGCUCCCCACCAGCCCUCAGAUAUUGUUGUCUGAUGCUUGAUUCAAGGCCACGUCUCUAUAGGUUUCCCUAGGAGAUUCUCAUAUGGAUGCUCUGAUUGGUUUUAAAGAGCAGGCAUACUUUAAAGAGGGAAAAAGAGCCAAAAGAUUCUCUGCUGGGUUCAAGUUCAGUGAGGAGAUGAGACUAAUUAUACAAACCAAUGAAGCCCUUGAGUCACCUCCAGGGGACACUAGUCCCCUGAAGUUUGCCAAACACUGGCUUUGGCAGCACUUAGAAAUAUCUGGAGCGGUCUACUCAUUACUUGAGAAUAUUGCAGAACUUUUCCAAAAAGAAAAGACAUAAGUGGGCCUCCUAACCUUACAUUUCAUGUCUUGACCUUAAGGACUGGCACAGUCACUCUAAAAUGCAGCAAAAUCCCUCAAUCUCAAGUGACUGAUGACAAAACAUCUUAAAAGCAUCUCAGAAGAAUGCAGAACAACUUAAGAGGGAAAUCCUGGAUAGUUUGUAUGAAAACACUCAUUUUUAAGAAAGCCUAAAACUCCUAUCACAAGAAGCUGUGAGAUCGAAGUGUGGGAAAUGAAGAACAAAAACAAAAAACAAACAAAAACAAUGCUUGACCACUUGAAAACACGAAUGAAAGAGGCUCUAAAUGAAAAGGAGAAACCAUUAAAAAAUCUCUGAAACUGCACUAAAGGUAAGUCUGCCUGCUUUCUUUAGAAACGAUUACCUGAAUAAGAUCAUUAUUCCUAAAAGUGUUUUGCGGAUCUAGAUGGCUUUAAUAAAAUUAUUAUGGAAAGUAGACCAUUUCAUUAGACUUUCUAGAAUUAGAUCCGUAUUAUAUUUAGAUAGAACUAAAUGGUCCACUAUUACUUAAGCCAUAAAUGAAUUUUUGUAUCAGGGAGAGACAUUCAAAUCAAUAAAGACCAUUUGUAUAUGCUAUAAACUAUUAGAAGAAAUCUGUAAAAACAAUAUUUACAAUAAAUUUUGGUUUAAAAAAAUGUAAAACAAGAACUCUAUUAAAACCCAAACUGAAUAAAACGCCACCCCCAACUAAACCUAUUACUAUUUUUGAGCACUAAAUUCAUAGAUUCAGGGGAGAUUAACACUGCUCGUGACAUUCUUUGCUGUUUAAACGUUUCUAAAUUUUAUGCAAAGUAAAAGCUUUCCCUUAGGAAAAAAAAAAAUCCCUUUCUCUAUCCUUCUCGAUCUGAAUACAGGUAUACCUCAUGGACAUUGCAGAUCAGUAGCAGACCACUGUAAUACAGAGUGCUAAGCUUUUUGCUGGUGGAAGGUCUUGCCUCCAAUUUGUGAAAAAAUGAAACAUCUGUGAAGCAUGACAAAACAAGGUUAAGCUUGCAGGGUUUUCUUUCUUCUCUACUUCUCCCAUUACUGUCAGAAAACAGGUCUUCACACCACCUAGUAACUUCCUAAUUGGCCUCCCAAUAGUAGCUACUAUUUAUUAUGUGGCAGGCAUUGGGCCGUUUUACAUAAAUUAUCUCAUCUAAUCCUCAUAGCAAUCCUGCAAUGUCAUUAUCUUCAUUUUACAUGUGAAGGUUAUUACGCUUGCUUCAAAAGCUUCAGUAGCUCCCCAAUUAUUUUCAGAAUAUUUUUCAGUCCUCUAUCACCCAACCCAGACUAUUUUUUAAAUCAUUGGUGCGCUUAACCCAUAAUAUCCUAUUCAAACUCAAUUGCUUUAUUCCCUACAUGCUUGUGUUCUUUUUUAAACUGAUAUAACUGACAUAUACUAUUGUAUUUGUUUUAGGUGUACAACAUGACAACAUACGUAUAUAUUGUGAAAUGAUUACCACACAGUUAACAUCCAUCGCCACACAGUUACAAUUAGUUUUGUGGUGAGAACUUUUAAGAUUUACUGUUAGGAACUUUCAAAUAUACAAUACAGUGUUGUUAACUUCCUUGUGCUUUUCUAAGACCAAGUCUCUGUAGGCCCAGUUUUAAACAUACUUUCAGUUCUAGCACAAAUGCCACCUCUUAUCUGAAACUUUCUUUGGCAUCUCCCGGCAAAACUCUUGAGAGUUCUUCAUUCCUGACAUUUAAACUUGUUAUAGUCUCGUGUGUGUUGCGAACAGGGAUGGGACUUCACUCAUCAGUGUUGUUCCUAUAAUAAUACGUUCUGUAUUAUAUGGUUCUCAAUAAAUAUGUAGAAUGAAUUUAUACCUCUUUGAAUUUGAAUUCAUAUUGAUAAUUAUGCUUUGAAUUUACUUGAUAAUUAUUUUAAGAAUAUUGAAGAUUACAUACAUGAAAAUACAUACUUUUGAUUCUCUAGCACUUCUUCACAUAUUGCUUUUAACUACAGAAGUUUCUCACAUUCAGAUUUUGUCUCCAAGUAAACUAAGAACCUGAACUAUGCCGUGUCCUGCACCUUUGUUUAUUGAGAAAGCAUCAAGCACCACCCUGUGCAUAAUAAAUGCUUGUUGAAUAAUUAGUAAAAUUAUUUGGGGCAGAUGACAGCAUUAUAGUGACAAUGAGACUUCAGGCUCAUGUGAUGGUAAAACUUCUGGAAUGACUUAUGGUAAGUCAUUCUGUAUUCUCUGUUACAGUACGGUAUAAUUUUAUAACUCUCCCCAUCAAAUUUCUUAGAUCACUUUCAGAACUUGCCACCUUUUCAAGCUUUUAAUAUUAAAGAUUUCUAAACUCCCUCUCCAAGUCAAUGGUAUACUGGAUCAAGUAAACAUUUUCAUUUAUCUUAGUGUACAUAUUAUAGACAUUACUGCUUUAAUCAUAAAACUAUUGAUGUCAAUUAAUUGUUAAACAUACCAAUAAAAUUGGAGGCUUUGAAUGGAAGCAGGGAUCUAAACUUAGUAUUUAUAUACAUUAUUAUUUUUUUAACUAAUCACAAAAAUUGAAUUUUUUGUGUGUGCAGGAAAAUCCAUAGUAAAGAGAAGAACUAACACAUCAGGAGAUAUAUUAUUUCAGCAUGUUUUAACUUAGCAUUUAAAGUGAUACUGAACACAAACACCCAAACGGCCUAACUCUACACUAAAUGUGGAAAUACACCCUUCUAGCUUUGCGAAGCCUUUUAGGCACCAUUGUGGUGACUUUUCUUUCUUUCCAUGCAUGCCUUUAUGGAUGACCUUUAAAGAAUAGUUAAUGAUAACUGAAUACAAAGAAUUGAGGAAUUUUACUUUGUACUCUUUGGCCAAGAUCCCAGAAAUCCUCAUGACCUAGCGCACUGGAAGCAAAGGGAAAAGAAUUUGGCUUUCUGAUUACAUAAAUCCAUUAAUUUAGUCAAAUUUCUAGUAAAAAAUGGAGUAUUAUUUUCAAAAAGUAAACUAGAUCUUAACUAGUGUUAAGUAGUUACCUAGAUUUCUCACUCACUCAACUAUAUUGGAUGUCUACUGUGUGCCAGUCGCUGGGGUGACAACAAUGAAGACCACUGACAAGGUCUCUUUAUAAGAAGUUACAUUACAUAAAUGCAUUACAUAAAUGCAUACAAAAAUUUUUACUACAGUUGUGAAGGAGUGCUAUGUCCUUUUCAAUCUGUCCUCAAUCUGUGAGUGACUGCAAUAUCAUGCUGCUGGCUGGGGUACGGGAAGAACAGGGAGUUAUGUAAUAGGCAAUGAGAACCUGUAAUGGAACAUUAAGUCAAAGAGAACAAUGGGAAGAACUUGGUGUCUCAAACCUUCUAGGAACUAAAACAAACAAACAAACAAACAAACAAACAAACAAAAAACAGCACAAUCAGCAAGGAGAAUAGGUUGAAAUGAAGUUGGGGAGGUAAGCAGGAAGAGACUGAAGAACCUUUUAAGCCCUAAGGGAGGAGGGGAGCACUUCACACCAAAAGGUUCAACAGAUCACACAGAGCUUUGAAGGCCGUAUUCAAAGUUUGGGUUUAGGAGUUAGAAAAGAAUAAGUGGUUAAUAAUUAGUUUAGGUCCUUCACUGAGAUUAAAGUUGGACCCUAGGUAAUUAAGUAAAUUAGUUUCUGGAAGUGGCUUAGAUAAUUCUUUUCAGACAAAAUAUAGUUUUAGGUUGUUUUGUUUUAAAAGUUGAGCAUAUAAAUAACAAUCACUUAUUGAGCACCACCUAUGUACAAUGUAAUACACUUCAACAUCACCUACUUCCUCCUGAAAUCCAAGGUCUUUCUAAACUGACAGGGAAAGGGGGAGGGUGUCUACAGAGUAGAACACAGAUGUGAUUGAUAAAAGUACUGUCUUAGAGCAUAAAUAUAGGUUUUUGGGAGCCUUUAACAGUGAGGGAAUACCUUCACUGCCUUCUCCAUUUUGAUAACUAAUACAUUUCAAUGUAGUUUCAAAGGAAGUCUUUAAGCCUAUUCUUCCCUACCAUUUAAACCCUAGACUAUAACUCCACGUAAUGAGGUUUAACAUUAUUAUAAAUGGAACGUGGAUGAGUAUAGUGUCCCAAAUAAGAUAAUGGAUAUAAAGAUCCAAUUAAUAUAAAAUCUUUUAUUUAAAAUGAGACAUAUUCUGAUAUACCACAAAGUCAAACCCUGAGAAUAAGCUGACCCAUAAAAACUGCUUUGUAAUGGAAUUUAAGUAACUGCUCUGUAAUAAAAAGCAAAGAGUACUUAUAAAUAACUGAAGGUGUCAACAUUCGUUACUCUGAACUAAAAAAAAAAAAAAAUCAUGUUUUUAAAAAUACCAUAUUGAAAAAUCUGUCACUAUGAACCAACACCUUAAUAUUAAAAAAAAAAAAAUUGGGGAAACUAGGUCAAGAGUACAUGCGACCUUUCAGUACUACCAUUGCAAUUUCCUGUGAAUCCAGUUAUUUUUAAACAGUUAAAAAAAAAAACAUAUCUGGGAUGUAUAAACAGACUAAAUAAAUUGGCUUGAGAGAUUACUUAUUUUGGUAAAUGUAGAAUUUGGUGCUGGACUGAGAGAAAAAAACUUAAAACAAUGAAAUCUUGAGUAAAAUUUUGUAACAGAAGUAAUGUAAAAUCAUGGAAAAAGAAUUUAAAGCAUUGUGUUCAAACACUGGCUCUACCACCCACUAGCUGGGUGACCUUGGGGUACAUCACUUAACCUCUCAAGGGUACUGUGAAAAUCCAAUGAGAUAUAAAAGUAAAGUUUGUAAACUGUAAAGCCUUGUACAAAUGCUAUUAAUUCAAAUUUCACAGCCU